GAUGGCUUUAAGCAGUACGAUGUCAUCACUGCUCUGGACAUGGACGCCAUGAUGAGGAGGAUCUACGCGUGGCUGGAGAACCCGGUGAAGUUUGAGAAGUCUCAUGGCGUUAGUAACACCCUGGACACAGAGAUGGUCCUGAAGGAGGAGGAGGAGACUCACAUCCUCACUGUGGAGGACUUCCUGCUUCACACCUACAGGCCUUUGAUGGACGUGCUAAACCAACGUUACUUUAUUUACAUCCCAUAUGAAGAAUGCAGAAAAAGGAGGAGCUCUAGGAAGUCCACAGUACCAGACCCCCCCAUCCUGUUCUAUGUCCACAUCUGGACCAUGGACCUGCAGCACAAGAACAUCUGCUCACUGUGGAAGAUUACUGAGAGCAGCUUUUAGUGAUUUCUAUGCAGAACACUGUGAUGUUUGCUGAGCUGUGAACUAUUAAAUGACUGAAGAAUGUGGAGUAUUGUUCCUGUUUGUUAUUGUUCUCAAGUUUAUAAUUAAAUGUACAGAGUGCUGCUUACUGUAUUUUAUUGUAUUUUAAAAUGUACAUUCCUGCACAGAACAUUUCAGAUUAUUUACCACAGAUGAAGGGUACAGAUUGUUGUUGUUCACUGUGUAUUGGGUAGAACUCAUUUUGAUUUAGACUGAUUAGCAUACAGAACCCUGUGAUGUUUAUGGUUUACAGCUGAGAACUAGCUGCUAAAAGUACAGAAUAUUAUUUCUUAUUUUAGGUGUGAUAAUUGUCAGUAAACAUUCUAAGAAGUGGAAACUAACAGGGUUGUAUAUAGAGCUGUUCUUGUACAAUAUUUGUCUCUUUACUGCCCUCAGCAUUCUGUGGUUGAGCUAACAGUUUUACAGAACAGGCAGAUGCUGCAGCUGAUGAUGCUGGAAUUCACAAAAACAAGGAAACAAGUCCAU